GUGGGCCGCUUGGUUCCUCCAGGGAACGCGGAGCGCACGGAGACCUCGGCGAGUGCGCCCGCAUCGCACGGGAGGGGCCGCCGUGCCAGGUCUCCGCGCACGAGGCCAAGGGGGUUCCUCCAAUUGAAAGCAGAUACAACACGAGCAAGCGGGUCUCGAACAGAAAUAAUCCACGUGCGUUGCUUGUCUGCGCGGCAAUUGUCGACCUGCCGAAUGUGAAUCUCAUGGUAAGGGGUUUGCUUGUAGAUGGGGGAUUCACACACACCAAUUGAACUGCCUGCGCACUUGCCAACAUGCACAAACUGCACAAGCUCCUUAUAGUGUCGCAAUGACUCGUUAUGUUGCCUUUGACGGCACUCAGAAACAAUACGUCUCCAGUCUUCAACAUUCAAGCUUUCAUCGUCCCAAUCGGGCCCCCCACUUUCGAUAUCAUCACACUCGGAAUAUGGUUCCAAUUUAUCUUGCGGGUCAGAAAAUUCAUAGAUGCCCAUGCCGUCCUCUGCGUUCGAAACAACGUGCAAGGCGGAGACCACACUACUGCCGCUCAAUGCGCAUAUUAAGCAUGCGAUCGCCCUCGCGAACACCAUCGUGAGUGCUGAAUGCAGCGCAGAGCUGAAAAACACCCCUGGGCCCUGCUCCUCGCGCCUCCGGCCCUUCGCGCCCCGCCUCUCGCGCCUCCGGCGGCCUGCCUCGCGAGACGCUCCCGGCACGCCCGGCAGCGCCCUCCGCGAGGCGCCGCCGAUGCAUUGCGUCCCGAGGCUGGAAAGCCGCCGAGAACCGACGACGCCGCCCAGAAACCUGCCGAGAGCCACCGGCGCGACACCGCUGGAGGAGAGCCGCGCGACACCCCGGGCCAGGGGCAGCCAGGGACAGCCCCAGCAGCCCUGGAAACAGGCGGACGCCCACCCCAAGCCGGCGUCCGGAUCGCCCCUCAGUGGUUCAAAGAUGGGGCCCUGAAGGAUGGG